CGUUGCAAAGAGCCUUAGGACUACCUGACCUCCCCCCCCUAGAUUUACAUUUAUUAUUCUCAGUAUUAUUGCAAUCUUUUUUCGAAUCGCCCUGAAGAGCUACUUAAAUAUGGGUGUGAUCUUAACUCCUACUCUCUAUUUACUCUAGAGUAAGCACAAAGCGAUGCAUGCAGUCAAUCAAGGUUUGAAUGUGCCGCUUGUCUAAAUCGUAAAAUAGUAUUUAUUCUGGGCUGGGGAGGAAGACGGGAGAGGAAAUAAGUAAACCCCGAAUAGACUACAAUUCCCACGAUGCUGUGCGCCCUCGCCCACGUGACUCCUCACUAAAUUCAUUAUCUUUUACCGAGGCAUUGAAUCUAGGCGGAACCUGAUCGAGUGGAACGAACUUAAUUGCGCGCAGACGGCAACUCGCCUGCUGCUUCUGCCGGAGGAAAAAACGAAGAGGUGAAGAAAAUACUGCAGCAAGAUGAUGCAGAUGUUUUUCUAUUUCUCGGACAAAGUGGUCCUUCUUUUUGACUUCUGGAAAACGCACACCCCAGCAGGGAUGGUGUUCUCAGUACUGGUGAUCAUGCUGCUUGCGGUGUUGUACGAAUUCAUAAAAGCUGGCAAGGCGAAAGUGCUUCAGUACACAAUGCCGCCAUCCAUUGCCUCCAGCAUCAGCCAGGAGACCUUGAGAGAGCCAGAAAGGGCAUCUAUUAACACAGGCCUGGAACAGCUAAGCAGCUCCCCGAAGAAUUGGUUUUCAUGGCAUGUCGUCCAGACCCUGCUCCAUGUGGUCCAAGUGGUCCUCGGUUACCUGGUGAUGCUGGCGGUGAUGUCUUACAACACGUGGAUCUUCCUGGGAGUGAUUGCGGGCUCUGCCAUUGGCUACUACAUAGCAUACCCACUGAUCAGUCCCAGAUAGCAGCACUGGCAUCAGCGCAGGAAGAUGGUUUAACAGUGCUGAUUAACUGGAGACUCCUGCCUUGGGAACAGAUCUGUGGUGCUUGGAAUACUGAACUGGGUAAACAGGAGUCACCCUGUUGUAGUUCCAAGAUCCUUUCCCCUGCUCCCCAUCCUCUAACUUCCACAGGCAGGGCAUUUGAACCUUCUACCUUUUUGAGAAUGACUUUUUGUCCUUUCACUGGAAUUUAUUUGUAACUGCCUUUACUAAGUGCCUUGGAACAAAUGCUCAGUAGCUAGAACAGAGAUGUUUCGCUUUCUACCCUCAGGAUGUGUAACAGUGGUACCUCGGGUUACAGACGCUUCAGGUUACAGACGCUUCAGGUUACAGACUCCGCUAACCCAGAAAUAGUAUC